CUGGAGCUAUAAGAGGCUCCGUCACCACUGUUGAUACUUACAUCCUGAAUCCUGGAACGCUCCUCAGCUGCCGACGUUACCACAGACGCGUUUUAUGGACAUAAAGGACCGCGUCAGUUCUCACUUCCAGUCCCGAGUCCUCGCCUGUGGUUACCUGUGAGCGGUCAGCAUGGCUGCGGCUGAAGCUGCGAUACCCGCCAUCAUGACAUCUUUUCCAAGUGUCCAAACCAUGGAGCGGAAACAUUUUGACAAUCUGUGCAGGGAUGAGUGUGCGCGUCAACGCAGCGCAACAGGUGGCGCCGACAAGCCGCUGAUUGAGGUGGAGUUCAGCAUCGUGCAGGCUCCCGCGCUGCCGUCCAAAGACGACGACGAGCUGGGCAGGUUCUUGGACCUCGAGUUCAUCUUGUCCAACACCAUCCACUCCGAUGUGGUGAGCAGCAGCAGCCUUUCUCCACCUCAGCAGCAGCAGCAGCAGUGCGCGUAUUCUCUGCCGGAGUCUCCGGAGAGCUGCGGCUCUGUGCCUGACAGCAGCGACCACCCGUCCCCUCACCUGGCCUCGCAGAGCUACUGCGGCACCGCGAGCUUCACGGGCUCCAGCCCGGUGCGCAGCCUCAUGGCGGAGCUCCUCACGCCCGAGAUGGGCUACCCGGGGGAGAGUUCGCCGGGCAAGGCGAGGGACGUGCGGGAGUACACCGAGCUGCGCGCUUUGAAUCCCGUCACCGUCCAAACGACGUCUGGGCACCAGCAUGUGGCCACAUCCCCGCCGCCGCUUGGACUCAAAAUUAAAGACGAGCCCGUAAGUCCGUCCUGUAUGAUGACUGCUGCUGGCGACUAUAUGGGACAGAUGUUUGAGAAGCACCAGUUACGCACCGCGCAUCCAGCAGCAUUUACGCACCACCCCGCUUCAGUUCUAGGUGGGUUGCCGGGGUUCGGCGCGCAGCCCAUGCAGCACCCUGUUCUACAGGGACACACAGACUGUCACCUACAAAUGAACUCGACCAUGAGCUCUCAUCAUCAACACCAUCUCCAAAACCAGUACAUGCACGCGCCUUACCAGCCGCACUACACACACCAGAGUGCGCCACCGUUUCAAGGACAGUACAACAUGCACAGGGAGCCGGUGUGCGUUCACCAGCAGCAUCACCCGGCCUCCAUGCAGGGGAUGAUGCUCACCCCUCCCUCGUCGCCGUCACUGGAGUUCUACGGGCAGGACGAGGUGGGAAGCAUCAAGCAAAAGCGGGGCCGCCGGUCGUGGGCGAGAAAACGCACCGCGACGCACGGCUGCGAGUUCCCAGGCUGUGGGAAGACCUACACCAAGAGCUCCCACCUGAAAGCCCACAUGCGGACACACACAGGUGAAAAGCCCUACCACUGCAACUGGGAAGGCUGUGGCUGGAAGUUUGCCAGGUCAGAUGAGCUCACCCGUCACUUCAGGAAACACACUGGACACCGGCCCUUUCAGUGUCACAUGUGUGAACGUGCCUUCUCCCGCUCGGAUCACCUGGCUCUCCACAUGAAGAGGCACAUGUAGGCCCCACUGACCAUAACGACAUUGUUUCAUCUGAAAUCCAUCAUGGGAUCAUGGUCAGAACAUCCCUGAAAAGUUUGCCGCUUAUUAUUGGACAACCAGUGAACUGAAACAUUCCUGUAGGAGCCUUCGUGCCUUGGCAGAGCAACCACAUCAAACAUGACAAAUGUAUCCUCAUUCCUUGUCAGGAAGGAGAAUGAACACUGGUGGGGGUUUUUUGUACAUUUUAUGUGCAUAUAUGAAUAUCUUUGGCUAAGUUAUAGUAGUUUGGUAUUUAAGACAUUUCCUCACCUUGUCUUAUAAAUAACUUAUUGAUUGUUGGUGAGUAUCCUGACAACACUGUUAUCUGCUUCCCAAAGGGGACGACUCACUGUGGGCAGGUCCCAUUGUACAUAUAUGUAAAUAGUAUUUUUGUAAUGUUUACAUACGUCUACUCAAAUCAGGUCAGGUUUUUUUUAAUGCUUUUUAUGAAAUUGUCUCUCUUUAGUACACAAAACAGAUUUUAUAGCUCUACUAAGCAUUGUAGGCUUGUCCUACAUUUCUUUGGUUUUGUGAAGGUUUGCUUGAGCAAUUCCAAAAAUUCAGGUACUAAAAAUAUUUUUCAACAUAGUCAGUCCACCCGCUAAUUCAAAAUUGUUUCUUAGCGUCGCAACGCUUUGUAUUUUGUUAUGGAAAAUUAGUUUUUUAAGAAUGAAUAAUCCAUUGCAAUGGUCAGACUUCUGUACUUGAACAGAAUUGCCACUCGGAUGCAUCAUUCUCCAAGAAUGCUGUUUUUAUGUACUUAAGGGCUCAAAAAUAAAAGUACUUUUACAAA